GCGUGAAGUUAGGUUCAACUUUUUCAAAAGUUUCAUCUUCUGUGUUCUUUUUCAUGACAUUCAGAUGUAUCAGAUAUUUACUUUGUUAGGCCUUCGGAUUCGUUCAGUCUAAUCACUCAUUUAGUUAUUCUGUUGUCGUAGACUAAUACAGACGCUGUACCUGAGUACACAGGAUGUCUUCAUUGCCUUCUCAGAAAAGUGAAUCCAUUUUAUUUUGAUACCACAAGAUGGCGCCAUUACCCUUCUGCCAUAAAGAUAUGCAGUGUACAUGGUAAAUCAACCCAUUAGAGCGCAGACAAGACCAACAAAAAAAGUACGAUAAAUACCAGACUGGGCAAGUUGAUUUAAAUUCUUAUAUUUGGGAUAAAAGCCUGUCAGAAGUCUACUAUAAAAGGUUGUGAAAUAACAUUGUUCAUGCUUUCCAGUGUUUGGUGAUUGGAAAGGUGAGCGGACAAUACCAGCUGCAAGCGUCCUCUAGUAGUAGGUUCAAUGUCGUAUUAGUUAUGUUUAAAAAAUAUAUAUGCUGUUUAGGAGUGUGUGAAUAGGGGUGUGCAGAUAUGAGUCAAAGUCCAGGGUUUACAGCAAGGACAAACUAACAGACAUGAGUAAAUAAGGCAGUGGGCUGCAAACAGGGUUUAUUGCAUGGUGCAGCCCUGGGUAUAACCUAAAACCAAAUGGCUUAGUACAUCAGUAAAUAGUCCUAAUUAUCAUAUCUACUACAGGCAGCUGUGUUUAUAACGAAGGCAGGGCUUUUGAGCACAGGGGGAUGGAUGUAGUAGAGGAAGAAGACAACUUGAUUGAUCCAUUUGCCUCAGAAAAGAAGACUGAACCACUCAAAGGUUGGAGUUUUAGGUGCCUUGCUCAAGGGCACAACGGCAGGGGAUGACAUUUAGGACUGAUGCCAGUAACCCUCCUGUUGCUGGACCAAAUAUUAUUUCUUCCCUUUAGGACAUUAGUGUUGAAUCUGCACCCAUCUAGUUCAGGGUUUUCCAACCUUGUUUCUGGAGCGCUACCGUCCUGUAGGUAAAUCCAGAGUGUAGCACUAGGCCCCCUCGAAAUCCAAUCUAGACCAUGAUACCAGUUCCACUGGUAGUUCAUUUUCUUCUUUCUUUAAUUGGCUGAUCAGCCAAUGAAGUUGGAAGUCCGACCCAGUUGACUACAUUACAACGGUGAAAGCCCUCAAUGUUGCUGCCCAUGGUAAUAGGCCUUGAACUUUUCCACGUUCCUAUUUGUAGGCUAAAUAAAUAUAAAUAGUGGUGAGUCAUUGUAAUUUCCCCAGAAUACUCCGUCACUCACAUUCUGGCGAAUUCUUGUCACACAAUUCAGAAAGUGUAGAACUGCUUUAGAGCUAAUCUCAAUCAAAUAAACAGUCAUCACAUUGCUCUCGGCGCACAACAGUUACCCGGGUCUGUAAGGUGUGGCGCUAGGACCCAUAGCCGAUUUCUUCACCAGUGCGCUACUAUUGCCAACGAUCGUGCACUUCUUUAAUAACUCCCUUGGUUCAUAGUCUGCACGUGUCUGUCAUCCAAAGUGGAUAUGGCUGCGAACCGGGUCGGGAGGAGAUGUAACAACAAGGUCCAUUCCCCGAGUAGGGGUCCAGGUAGGGACCCGGGGCUUAGCUUGCAGAAGAGGCAAGCACGGGUCACGGUAAAGUACAACAGAAAGGAGCUCCAAAGACGCUUGGAUGUGGAGAAGUGGAUUGACUGUAGUCUGGACGAGCUCUAUGUGGGCAGGGAGGAGGAGAUGCCGGAGGAGGUGAACAUCGACGAGCUGUUAGACCUGAAGAGUGACGAGGAGAGAACUCACAGGCUCCAGGAAAUGUUUCACACCUGCAAUAACACAGAGGUUUUCAUCAAGGAGCUGGUGUUGAAACUCCACGGGCUGCAGAAACAAGAGGACCUCCACAACGAUGGCAUCGAACAACCCCAGCUACACAUCUUCCCCAACCGGCAAGAUUCUGCAGACCGAGAGGUGAUCUGAAGGCCCUGUUAUGUUACCCUUCAAACCCAGCACCCCCAUUCCCCAGCCCGAUGACAUGGACCUUACCUGAAAAACAUGCAUAACAUUGAGUCUUGCGGGUCUAUACACGUUGCGCUACACACUGUCAAAUACACAGAUCUGACCACUUAUCAGAAACAUUGCAGACACCUUAUCUUCUGUCCACACACACACACACUACAAUGCACAGGCAGUCCCUGCAACAUUUGGACCUCUACAAUGUCAUUGAAUUAUGUUUUAUUUUUGUCAACUUAUAAAGUGUCCGAAUUGUGUGAAACAGGCUGCUUCUCUGUUGGGUCGCUACUGCUACUUGUGUUCUGUGUUUCCUCUAAUUGUUCUUCUGUUCUCUCUUAUUUUCCAGUCCAUUGCAUAAUGCUUUUAUUGCAAAGCCCAUGAAGGUGUCAAAUUGUUGGUCUGUGUCAUAUGUUGUGAGAUGCACCUCUAAUUCUGUUUAGCUCAUAAACCAUAGGCAGAGUCCAGCAACAUACUGUAGGUACCAAUGUCAGUCUGAAGGUAAGAAAGACCACUGGGUUAGUCGAUUGUACCUAGCUACAAGCAGGUCUACCAUAUUUUCAAACUGUAUCCAGCAACAUGAGACAAUAGUUCAUGUGGUCAAGUGGAAGAAAAAAUCUCUCUCUUUCUCUCUCUCUCUAUAUAUAUAUAUAUAUAUAUAUAUAUAUAUAUGGGGAGAAAUAUUAUGUUGUGAUAUUCCCAAUGAGUUUAAUGACCAUAUAUAUAAAGCUACAAAGGAUAUUUUUCAUGAAGACCAAGCAGUAUUGCUUGGCAGGUUGUCAACUGUCACUCACAAAGUGCGUUUAGGCUAGCUAUUAAGGAAAAUGUACGAUAACAUUUAAAGCUGUCAGCAAUACCAGGUCCUUUAUUUCUUAUCCAAGUGUUUGUAUAUCUAUAGAUGAAAUGCUGAGGAUUUUUCAGUCAGCCAAAGGAUAGUACCCCAACUGCUUCACUGUUGCCCAUCAGGUACACAAUGUUUCGUUUUGCAUCAUUUUCUACACGGUUUGUAAAUGUUUAGUUCUCUGGCUGGUUGUAUUGCUUGUAUAUUUGGUUUGAAUAGAUUUUAAAUUCAGCUUUUCCAAGAGUAACUUUAAAUCUUUAGGAUUCAUACAGUAUAGUGUUUUCUAGAUUAGAGGCUGUAUUUACGUAUUACCGCAAGGUAGUGUUUGUUGGCCAAUGUGUUUAUUUAUUGAAUUGUUUUAUUUUUUUUGAUGUGAUGUAUGGAUAAACAGCGCCCUCUCCUG